AUGCCCCAAAACUGCUCAGCAGACGUCGAAGCUGUCAUUGCACACGUUGAUCAGGUCUUCACACAAGGCUUGGAGAGCGAGAUGAACAAACUCAAGGCAAACUGGGGCAUGCAGAAUUUUACACACCUGGAUGACGUCGCCGGUGCCUACUGGCAAAGUUUGUCUCCAGACACAGGCUCGGAAGGCUUGUUCUUCCAGUUUUGCGAUGCGCUCGAGGUCAAGAACGGCACGGUGCUCCUGUGUCCAGCUGGGGACUUGACCACAUCUUCACAAUAUGAGGCGUGUACUGGAACUCUACUUACCUCAAUCUGCUCUGCGGUCUUGAGAAUGGAUCAUGUCGGGUUCCUCCAGGAAGGUGCACCAGAGAAUCACCUCACAGUCGUAACGAGGCUCAUUCAACUGAGCUAUGACGAGCGGCAGUGCACUUACUUCUUCCCACAAGCCUUCAGCCAGCCUCUGGUGCCGAAUGUGCAAUCUGUCAAUUCCGCCUACAAGGGCUGGAACAUCAGCAUCAACCACCUGCCUCUUCCUUGCAAAUGGCCAAUGUAUGCCUUCUACGUGUUUUCUACCCUUUCUGAACGCAUCUAA